AUGUGGUUCUGGAUUUCUGGUUGGUUCCUCGUUGCUUUGGCGUUGGUUGGCAACGGCAUCGUUAUUUACUUUAUCAUGACAUCCACUCGCCUGCAGACUAGACUUACUAACUGGUUUGUACUCUCCGUCGCUGUAGCUGAUGUGUGCGUAGCUUUGACGUUCUUUCCACCGUUAUUUAGCCGCAAUUUUCUGGGCUUCACCUUCGACGCAACGCACGCUGGCGCAUUCUUCAAAAUCAGUUUCACAUUCAUGUACUGCUCCAACGCGAAUCUUUUCGCCAUGACCAUGGAUCGCUAUAUCGCCGUUACAAGACCUCUGAGGUACGUGGCAGUCAUGACACAAGACGUUAUCUUUGGUCUCAUCGCUGCUGCCUGGGUCACGCCAUUUUUACUCUUCUCAUUUCCUGCCAUUUUCACGUAUAACGACAACCCAGGGUAUACCAUGUUCGUGGAGGUCUCGCGUGUCAUCGUUUUCCAGAUUUCCCCUUUGGUGGCUUUCGUGGGUGUAACAUGCCAUCUCCUUUACUUUGCGAACAAGCUCGCCCGAGAAACAAGAAAAAUGGUCACCCAGGUCCGCUUCAAUCAAGUGAAUGACGAAUGCAAAGUCUCUCAGCAUCCAGGUACUGGCCGUGUAAGUAAGAGGGGGACAACCGCUAUGAUCCUGCUGAUCAUCACAGCCUUCAACAUCACCUACCUUGGAGGAAACUACCGAUGCAUUUGCCUUUUGACCGAAGCCUGUCCCUUUGAAGGCACCGUCAAGAAGAUCAUUCUUCUGGUGCUGAUUGCCAACUCGGCGGUGAAUCCAAUCGUGUACGCCUUUCACAAGAAGGAUUUCCGAAAAGAGCUGUGUAAGGUGUUGAAAUUGCCAAACGUGUAA